CCGACCACUUGGGUGAACAAUCGCUCACUCUCUCUCUCUCUAUUUCUCGCUGAGUUUUUUCAUUUCAUUAGUUUGUGAUCUGGGGUGCUAGUAGUGUGAACAAUUAACUAUGGAUGUGAGUAGUCGUGAGGCCCGGGUUUACAGCAAAGUACUCAAUAAAUCAAGAUGUGAUUCGUCGGUCAAGGGGUUGACCCUUGGGGAACUCAUUCAAGAACUCCACAAUGCAUUCAACAGCGAUAUCGUUGAUAUCGAUAAUGUUCAGAAAUUAAUCUCGUCGUACAGGAGCAAUCCCCAUGAUUGGAAGAAAUACGCUAAGUUCGAUCGUUACAGGUAUACGAGGAAUUUAGUGGACGAGGGCAAUGGGAGAUUUAACCUGAUGGUGUUGUGUUGGGGAGAGGGUCAUGGAUCAGCUAUUCACGAUCAUGCUGAUGCUCAUUGUGUUAUGAAAAUACUGCAGGGAGAGUUACGUGAGACGCGAUACGCAUGGCCAUCGACCGAAUUCACCGACUGUCCAGAGGGCCAAGAACUCCAGGAGAUCGAGAAAAACGUUCUCCAUCUCAACGACGUAUGCUACAUAAACGACUCAAUGGGUCUUCACCGAGUGGAAAAUCCUAGUGCAAUUAACCCCGCAGUCUCCCUCCACCUCUACUCACCGCCGUUCACCACGUGUUCGAUAUUCAACCAGAAGACUGGCCAGAGAAUGCCCAGCAAAGUGACCUUCUGGUCCAAGUAUGGAGAGCGUCGUAAUCGGGAGAUACAGGAAAACAGGUGUCCAGAGGACAAUUGAUGCAGUUAUCCCACGAGGACAAGAGACAAAUGGGUUUAUGCAUGAUUUUUUUUCGAAUAAAAUGAUGAAAUGCGAAAUUCUCUAUCUCUUUAUUUUGAAUUUGAAAAAUUAUGAAAAAACUGAGAAGCUACAGACAAUCAGAGAAACUUUGUAUUAUGUCGGAAUUGUUCAGUGGCUUUUCAAUUUUUUAUUAAUUAUCGGAAUAAAAAAUAUGUAUUUGAUAUUUUUCACCCUAUUUUUUAUUGCCAGCACUAAAAAACGUCUAGAAUAUGACGUAAUGAUGCACAAUUUUUUCCUUAUUUAUAAAAAAAAUCAAAUAUUUUUCAUUCAAUUCUUAUAUUCAGAAAAAAUAAUCCUGCAAAACCCAAUUAAUUAUCCAAUAAGCUUCGAUUUUAUACUCAUGAUUGUUACUUCAUGUAAUUUGUCAUUGUAAUGUGUAAAGAGUCUAUCCAACUAUUUGUAAAUAAAUAUUGAAAAUGUUAACAUGAA